AUGGCCGGCGCCCGCUUCGUCACAGCCCACGCGUGCUGUAAGGACGAGCUCUUCCGCUCCGACUACAUCCGUACCAACAAGGCGGGCGGCCUCAAGAGCCUGAGGUGCUUUCCGCACUGCUGCCGCGGCCAUCGAACCAAGACGUUCUGCGGUACAGGCGUCGCGGUCGAGUGCGACGUGCCCGAGUGCACGCUCGUGUACAGCUACUUUGCAUGCAACGACUACGACCACGAGAAGCAGCGUCAGAACUUGAGCCCGUAUGCGCACGAUAGCAGUGCCAAGGAAGACGCGCCGAUCACUUUUGCCGUUGGCAAGCGGUACCGCGUGGCGGAUUUCGAGUCGCUCGUCAAGACGAAGGACAACCUCUUCGGCCCAAUCUUCCCGGGCGCGCGGCAGCGAGUGCCGGACGCUUCGGCGGCGCAAUUUGUCAUCAAUGGCGAUCGGCAGUGCUGGCACUACGGCUGGUUCUCGUCACGCGUCGGGAACAAGUACACGCAUUGCCUCAAGGUCUUCUUUUUCCGGCCGGUCGCGGGAACGAAUGAGAUCGAGUGCAUUGAGACGAUUCGAAGCAACGACUUUCACAUUCGGUCGAGUCGUGUCGUGCGCAAGCAGACUCGUCUCGAGCGCCGUAGCGUGGUGAACGUACCGUCGCCCGUCGACGUGGACGAGGACGAUGUGACAUGCUCAUCGUCGUCGUCCGAACGCAAGGUGAAGGAAGAGUCCUCCGCCAAAUCCAGUCGCAAGCGCGAUAUUCUGUGUCUCCUCAACCCCAACUCGCCCCGCGUGACCGAGAAAGUUGCGCGGCUUCAGCAUGUGUCGCCGUCAGCGGCGAUUCAAGGACGCGCGCUGCCGCCGCUUCUUGGCCUUUCGUCGCUCGUGCAGCGCUCGAACGACGUCUACUUCAUCGUGCAAGUGCUGAGCCGCGUCGCCGACUUCCACACGGCAGGGCGGGAGAGCGACGAGGACAACGGACGCUCGCUCACGCUCGAGCUGCCGCUGUCGUGCCCGCGCAUCACGUGCGGGUCACCAAUGGAAGGCGUCUUCUCCGUGCUUGUCGCGGGCGUCGAGCGAGCGAUCGCGCGCGGGUUCCUUGCCAAGCUCCGGGACUUUGUUUUGCGCCACCCCGUGGACUUGCUUGAAGCGUACAGCACCUUCCUUCGCUUCUUUGAGGAUGAGCUGGUGCUCAUGGCGCGAGAACUUCCAACACCAUGCCACACCAUGAACGAUCUCGUCGAGUAUGUCGCGAGUACCUUCGCGCACGAGCUCGGGGAGAAGUACAAGGAGCUCCUUCCGGCAAGGACACACGCGACCGAGCCGUCCGUUGAUGCGCUUUAUCUCGGAAAGGAGCUCGUGGCUGCUUUGGCGUCGUCGUCUACAGCGCCGCAGUGGAGCCCUACGCUUAAAAACAACGCCUUUUCUUCGCUCACAGGCAAGUGGACGCGCCUCUCCCUGCAGUGCCGUAUGCAGCCGCAGCGUCACCCGUCGUGGCUCUAUCGACUCUUGACGGACGUCGCGUCGCGCACGUGGAGCAUCGACGACCGCGGCGACGAGAUGCUGAUUCUGUGGCCGGGAAGCGUCGGCACGUCCCACAUAAUCCACAAACUCUGUGGCAAGCACCGGUACUUGGGCCAGUCGCCGUAUGGUCUCCGGUCCGAGUGCACGCAGCUCGUGGGGUACCUCGGGAAGCGCAACUUUCGAGACAACACGGUCACGCUCGAGUACUACUACUGGCCCGCAGACGAAGCCGACUCGACAUCGAUGCGCAAGCGCCUCACGCGCCACUUUCGCACGCACCCGGACCACCCGCAUCUGCUUGAGAUCCACAACGUUCUCGAGGUCUGCAAGUGCCCCGACGCAAGCGACGAUCCGUUGACGGCGGUGGCGCGGCUCAACUACCCGGGCGACUGGCGCCUCGAGUCGAGCUCCAUGGACACGUACGAGCGAACGCCAUAG